GGUGGAGAAAGCAGGAGGAGGAGGAGGAGGAGGAGGAUUAAAGAUGGCCACCAACAGCUGCGGGAGACGGCAACAAGCCCUCACUUUCCGGGAUGGUUCCUGCGGCUCGGCCCGGCCUUGAUGGAGAGGAGAAGCCCGAGGAGCGCCAAGGCUGAGGCGGCGGCGGGGACCGAGAGAGGAGGACGCGGCCGAGCAGCGACCGGGGCAGGAGAAGGGAGAGGCGGCGGCGUCGCUGCCCCGGCCGCCUAGCGCCGCUGCCCGCUCCGGUGGACCGCUUCUCGUACCUUGCGGCCGCAGGACCGAGCUCGGCUCCGCGGGCCCCGUCGCCCAGCAGUGGGGUUCCCGGGCCGCGCCGCGCCCGCCGCCCCCUUCCCGUCGCCGGCGCGCCGUGCGCGCGCGGAGAGCCCCGGACCCCGCCGCGGUCCUCGUCUCCGGGGACCAGGCCCUCCUGGUCGUCGGCUGUCUCCGUUGGAGCCCAGAUUUCAAGUCUUGAGUGAAGUGCCGUCAGGGGAAUGGGCCCUGUUGUGCUGACACAUUCAGAACCUGUUAUCCAAGGAAUACUUUAAAGACUGUUUCGCAGCUCUCCCGUGCGUGCUUGACCUGGUCCAGAUGAUGCCGUUUGACCGUUGACUCUUAGCUCAUUGCCAUCGGGAAGAGUUUAUCACCCAGCAGCCAAGAUGAACAUGGUGAAGAGAAUCAUGGGGCGUCCAAGGCAGGAGGAAUGCAGCCCUCAGGACAACGCCUUGGGUCUAAUGCACCUCCGUCGCCUCUUCACGGAGCUGUGCCAUCCUCCCCGGCACAUGACCCAGAAGGAACAAGAAGAGAAACUAUACAUGAUGCUGCCAGUGUUUAACAGGGUUUUUGGAAAUGCCCCACCAAAUACAAUGACAGAAAAAUUUUCUGAUCUUCUGCAGUUCACAACACAAGUCUCUCGACUAAUGGUGACAGAGAUUCGAAGGAGAGCAUCCAACAAAUCCACAGAGGCCGCAAGUCGGGCCAUAGUCCAGUUCCUGGAGAUAAAUCAGAGCGAAGAAGCCAGUAGAGGCUGGAUGCUCUUGACAACAAUUAAUUUGUUAGCAUCCUCUGGUCAGAAAACUGUGGACUGCAUGACUACGAUGUCAGUGCCUUCCACCCUGGUUAAAUGUUUGUAUCUGUUUUUUGACCUUCCACAUGUGCCUGAGGCAGUUGGAGGUGCCCAGAAUGAGCUACCUCUAGCAGAACGUCGGGGACUGCUCCAGAAAGUUUUUGUACAGAUAUUAGUGAAACUCUGCAGUUUUGUUUCUCCUGCGGAGGAGCUGGCUCAGAAAGAUGAUCUCCAGCUUCUAUUCAGUGCAAUAACCUCCUGGUGCCCUCCCUACAACCUGCCCUGGAGGAAGAGUGCUGGAGAAGUCCUCAUGACUAUAUCCCGUCACGGGCUCAGCGUCAAUGUGGUAAAGUACAUCCAUGAAAAAGAAUGUUUAUCUACGUGUGUUCAGAAUAUGCAGCAGUCAGAUGACCUGUCGCCCCUAGAAAUUGUGGAAAUGUUCGCCGGACUUUCUUGUUUUCUCAAAGAUUCCAGUGACGUUUCCCAAACACUCUUGGAUGAUUUUCGGAUAUGGCAAGGAUAUAAUUUUCUUUGUGAUCUCUUGCUUAGAUUGGAACAAGCAAAAGAGGCAGAAUCCAAAGAUGCCUUGAAAGACCUGGUUAAUCUGAUAACUUCCCUCACCACAUACGGUGUAAAUGAACUGAAGCCAGCUGGUAUUACAACGGGAGCUCCCUUCCUUCUGCCUGGCUUUGCAGUGCCUCAGCCCGCAGGCAAAGGUCACAGUGUGAGAAACAUCCAGGCCUUUGCAGUUCUUCAGAAUGCAUUUUUAAAAGCCAAAACCAGCUUCCUUGCCCAAAUCAUCCUUGAUGCCAUCACCAAUAUUUAUAUGGCUGACAAUGCCAAUUAUUUCAUCCUAGAAUCACAGCACACCCUGUCACAGUUUGCAGAGAAGAUUUCUAAACUCCCAGAAGUACAAAGCAAAUACUUUGAGAUGCUGGAGUUUGUCGUUUUUAGUUUAAAUUAUAUCCCUUGUAAAGAACUUAUUAGUGUUAGUAUCCUCUUAAAGUCUAGCUCUUCUUACCACUGUAGCAUUAUUGCAAUGAAAACCCUUCUUAAGUUUACAAGACAUGACUACAUUUUUAAAGAUGUGUUCAGGGAGGUGGGCCUUCUGGAGGUCAUGGUAAACCUUUUGCAUAAAUAUGCUGCCCUCUUGAAGGAUCCAACUCAGGCACUAAAUGAACAAGGGGACUCAAGAAAUAAUAGUUCAACUGAAGACCAAAAGCACCUGGCUUUGUUGGUUAUGGAGACCCUGACAGCGCUUCUUCAGGGAUCAAACACUAACGCAGGGAUCUUCCGAGAGUUUGGAGGUGCAAGGUGUGCCCAUAACAUCGUGAAGUACCCUCAGUGCCGCCAGCAUGCCCUGAUGACGAUCCAGCAGCUGGUGCUGUCCCCAAAUGGGGAUGAUGACAUGGGCACUCUCCUGGGGCUCAUGCAUUCAGCUCCACCCACAGAACUGCAGUUGAAGACGGACAUUUUAAGGGCUCUCCUGUCAGUCCUUAGAGAAAGCCAUCGUUCAAGGACCGUUUUCAGGAAAGUUGGAGGAUUUGUGUACAUUACAUCCUUGCUGGUUGCUAUGGAAAGAUCUUUGAGCUGUCCACCCAAGAAUGGCUGGGAGAAAGUGAACCAGAAUCAAGUGUUUGAACUUCUUCACACCGUGUUCUGCACCCUGACUGCAGCAAUGCGCUACGAGCCAGCCAACUCACAUUUCUUCAAAACAGAGAUUCAAUAUGAGAAGUUGGCAGAUGCUGUUCGCUUUCUUGGCUGCUUCUCAGACCUAAGAAAAAUAAGCACCAUGAAUGUCUUCCCCUCAAACACACAGCCAUUUCAAAGACUGUUAGAGGAAGAGGUGAUGUGUAUGGACUCGGUGUCACCCACUUUAAGGCACUGCAGUAAACUGUUUAUCUAUCUCUACAAAGUAGCCACAGAUUCCUUUGACAGUCGUGCAGAACAGAUCCCUCCCUGCCUGACAAGUGAGUCCUCUCUCCCCUCUCCUUGGGGUACACCAGCUUUGUCCAGGAAAAGACAUGCCUAUCAUUCUGUUUCAACUCCCCCAGUUUACCCUCAUAAAAAUGCAGCUGACCUGAAAUUACAUGUGACAACCUCAUCUCUCCAGACAUCUGAUGCGGUCAUCAUCCAUCCUGGUGCCAUGCUAGCUAUGCUGGACCUCCUCGCCUCCGUUGGGUCUGUGACACAGCCAGAACAUGCUUUGGACCUUCAACUUGCUGUGGCCAAUAUCUUACAAUCCCUGGUGCACACAGAGCGCAACCAGCAAGUCAUGUGUGAAGCUGGUCUUCAUGCACGGCUGCUGCAGAGAUGCAGUGCUGCCUUGGCCGACGAGGACCACUCCCUGCAUCCACCCCUCCAGCGGAUGUUUGAAAGACUAGCCUCUCAGGCCCUAGAGCCCAUGGUGCUGAGGGAAUUUUUACGUUUGGCAAGUCCUUUAAAUUGUGGUGCCUGGGACAAAAAGCUUCUAAAACAAUACAGGGUUCACAAGCCAAGUUCACUGAGUUAUUACGAACCAGACAUGAGAAGUAGUAUGGUCACAUCUCUGGAAGGCCUGGGUUCAGAUAAUGUUUUCAGUUUGCAUGAAGAUAACCAUUACCGGAUAAGCAAGAGUCUGGUCAAAUCUGCAGAAGGAAGUACAGUACCCCUGACCAGGGUCAAGUGUCUGGUCUCCAUGACAACACCACAUGACAUUAGACUUCAUGGGUCCUCAGUUACUCCAGCUUUUGUUGAAUUUGACACAUCGCUUGAAGGGUUUGGCUGCCUGUUUCUGCCCAGUCUGGCCCCUCAUAAUGCGCCUACAAAUAAUGCUGUCACAACAGGUCUUACUGAUGGGGCUGUAGUCAGCGGCAUUGGUUCUGGUGAAAGAUUCUUCCCUCCCCCCUCUGGCUUAAGCUACUCUAGCUGGUUUUGUAUUGAACAUUUUAGCUCUCCUCCGAAUAACCACCCUGUCCGACUUCUUACUGUUGUGCGUCGAGCAAAUUCUUCUGAACAACAUUAUGUGUGCCUCGCUGUAGUUUUAUCAGCAAAGGACCGAUCUCUGAUUGUUUCCACUAAAGAAGAACUACUGCAAAACUAUGUUGAUGAUUUUAGUGAAGAGUCGUCUUUCUACGAGAUUCUGCCGUGCUGUGCUCGCUUCCGAUGUGGAGAGCUCAUCGUUGAAGGCCAGUGGCAUCAUCUCGUUUUGGUGAUGAGCAAAGGCAUGCUGAAAAACAGCACUGCUGCCCUGUAUAUUGAUGGACAGCUCGUUAGCACCGUGAAGCUUCAUUAUGUUCACAGUACUCCUGGGGGCUCAGGCUCUACAAAUCCCCCGGUGGUGAGCACAGUCUAUGCAUACAUUGGUACUCCACCUGCCCAACGCCAGAUUGCAUCAUUAGUUUGGCGCCUGGGACCCACACAUUUUCUAGAAGAAGUUUUGCCGCCUUCAAAUGUUACUACCAUUUAUGAACUUGGACCAAAUUAUGUUGGAAGCUUCCAGGCUGUAUGUAUGCCAUGUAAAGAUGUGAAAUCUGAAGGUGUAAUCCCAUCUCCCAUAUCGUUAGUCCCGGAGGAGAAGGUGUCUUUUGGCCUCUAUGCACUUUCUGUGUCCUCCCUAACAGUGGCAAGACUCCGGAAAGUGUAUAACAAGUUGGACAGCAAAGCCAUUGCUAAGCAGUUAGGCAUUUCCUCCCAUGAGAAUGCCACGCCAGUGAAGCUGGUACACAAUUCAGCGGGACACCUUAAUGGACCUGCACGGACUGUUGGGGCUGCUCUGAUUGGAUAUUUGGGAGUAAGAACAUUUGUCCCUAAGCCUGUUGCCACUACUUUGCAGUACAUUGGAGGAGCUGCAGCCAUCCUGGGCUUAGUGGCCAUGGCCUCCGAUGUGGAAGGGUUGUAUGCAGCAGUCAAGGCCCUGGUUUGUGUGGUCAAGAGUAACCCACUAGCCAGCAAGGAGAUGGAAAGGAUCAAAGGCUACCAGUUGCUGGCCAUGCUGCUUAAGAAGAAACGUUCCCUUCUGAACAGCCACAUCCUCCAUCUGACAUUUUCCCUAGUGGGAACUGUUGACAGUGGGCAUGAGACCUCCAUUAUUCCAAAUUCAACUGCUUUCCAGGACCUUCUGUGUGACUUUGAAGUCUGGCUCCACGCUCCGUAUGAGCUGCAUCUUUCCUUAUUUGAACACUUUAUUGAACUACUCACAGAGUCCAGUGAAGCUUCAAAGAAUGCCAAGCUAAUGAGAGAAUUCCAGUUAAUCCCAAAGCUACUCCUGACUCUUCGGGAUAUGUCCUUGUCACAGCCCACCAUUGCCGCUAUUAGUAACGUGCUGAGCUUCCUGCUGCAAGGCUUUCCGAAUAGCAACGAUCUCCUCAGGUUUGGACAAUUUAUUUCUUCCACUUUGCCUACUUUUGCUGUUUGUGAGAAAUUUGUAGUUAUGGAAAUAAAGAAUGAAGAGAAGCCCGAUACUGGAACUGAAGAGGAGUUUGGAGGUCUUGUGUCUGCUAAUCUUAUACUUUUGAGGAACAGACUUCUAGACAUCUUGCUUAAAUUAGUUUAUACAUCCAAGGAGAAGACAAGCAUCAAUUUGCAAGCAUGUGAAGAGCUGGUCAAAACGCUGGGUUUUGAUUGGAUCAUGAUGUUUAUGGAAGAACACCUGCAUUCAACCACCGUUACUGCUGCCAUGAGGAUUCUUGUUGUCCUGCUGAGUAACCAGUCCAUUCUCAUUAAGUUUAAAGAAGGACUCAGUGGAGGAGGAUGGCUGGAACAGACAGAUUCUGUACUAACUAAUAAAAUUGGGACAGUAUUAGGAUUCAAUGUGGGCAGGAGUGCUGGUGGGAGAUCCACAGUAAGGGAGAUUAACCGGGAUGCCUGUCAUUUCCCUGGUUUCCCAGUUCUGCAGUCGUUCCUUCCAAAACACACUAAUGUCCCCGCCCUCUAUUUUCUCCUCAUGGCCUUGUUUCUGCAGCAGCCAGUGAGCGAGCUGCCUGAGAACCUGCAGGUCAGUGUGCCUGUCACCAGCAGCCGAUGUAAGCAGGGUGGCCAGUUUGAUCUGGACUCUAUUUGGACAUUCAUCUUCGGAGUGCCUGCCUCCAGUGGGACCGUGAUCUCUUCCAUCCAUAACGUGUGUACAGAAGCAGCCUUUUUGUUGCUGGGAAUGCUGCGCAGCAUGCUCAACUCUCCCUGGCAGUCAGAAGAAGAGGGCUCUUGGCUCCGAGAAUAUCCCGUGACUCUGAUGCAGUUCUUCAGAUACUUGUACCACAACGUUCCAGACCUCGCCUCCAUGUGGAUGAGCCCCGAUUUCCUGUGUGCAUUAGCAGCCACGGUCUUCCCCUUCAAUAUUCGCCCUUACUCAGAGAUGGUGACUGAUCUGGAUGAUGAGGUCGGGUCUCCAGCAGAAGAGUUCAAAGCUUUUGCAGCAGACACAGGGAUGAACAGGAGCCAAUCAGAGUACUGCAAUGUGGGCACCAAAACGUAUCUGACCAAUCACCCAGCUAAGAAGUUUGUUUUUGACUUUAUGCGAGUCUUAAUAAUAGACAACCUUUGUCUUACACCUGCCAGCAAACAAACUCCACUAAUUGACCUUUUAUUAGAGGCUUCCCCUGAAAGAUCUACAAGAACUCAGCAGAAGGAAUUUCAGACCUAUAUUUUGGAUAGCGUGAUGGACCAUUUGCUUGCCGCUGACGUACUGUUGGGGGAAGAUGCAUCUCUGCCCAUUACCAGUGGAGGAAGCUACCAGGUAUUGGUGAAUAAUGUGUUUUAUUUCACACAACGUGUGGUGGACAAGCUUUGGCAAGGCAUGUUCAACAAAGAAUCUAAACUUCUUAUAGAUUUUAUAAUUCAACUAAUCGCACAGUCAAAGAGAAGAUCACAGGGGCUGUCACUGGAUUCAGUCUACCACUGCCUCAACAGAACCAUCCUGUACCAGUUCUCACGGGCACACAAAACCGUUCCUCAGCAAGUAGCUCUGCUUGAUUCUCUCAGGGUCCUUACUGUAAACAGGAACUUGAUCCUGGGACCUGGGAACCAUGACCAAGAAUUCAUUAGCUGUUUGGCUCACUGCCUGGUCAAUCUGCAUGCUGGCAGCAACGUGGAUGGAUUUGGACUAGAAGCAGAAGCUCGUAUGACUACCUGGCAUAUAAUGAUCCCCUCUGACAUUGAACCAGAUGGUGGCUACACCCAAGAUGUUAGUGAAGGCCGUCAACUUCUGAUAAAAGCUGUAAACAGAGUUUGGACGGAACUGAUACACAGUAAGAAGCAGGUCUUAGAGGAGCUUUUCAAAGUCACUCUGCCCGUGAAUGAGAGAGGCCACGUGGACAUAGCCAUCGCACGGCCGCUCAUUGAAGAAGCUGGUUUGAAGUGCUGGCAGAAUCAUUUGGCUCACGAAAAGAAAUGCAUCAGUCGAGGAGAGGCCCUGGUGCCCAGCACGCAGUCCAAGCUGUCCCGUGUCAGCAGCGGCUUCGGCCUCUCCAAGCUGACGGGGUCAAGAAGGAACCGAAAGGAGAGUGGUCUGAACAAGCACAGCCUCUCCACCCAGGAGAUUUCUCAGUGGAUGUUCACACACAUUGCUGUUGUUCGUGACUUGGUAGACACUCAAUAUAAGGAGUAUCAGGAGCGCCAGCAGAAUGCCCUGAAGUAUGUGACGGAAGAGUGGUGCCAGAUGGAGUGUGAGCUGCUGCGGGAGCGAGGGCUGUGGGGUCCUCCGAUCGGUUCCCAUCUGGACAAAUGGAUGCUGGAGAUGACAGAAGGGCCCUGUAGAAUGAGGAAAAAGAUGGUGCGAAAUGAUAUGUUUUAUAACCACUACCCUUACGUGCCAGAAACAGAACAAGAAACAAAUGUGGCGUAUGAGAUUCCAAGUAAACAGCCUGAGCCACCCGAUGAUAUCAUUCCUCAAAAGAAGCCUGCUCGGUACAGAAGGGCAGUCAGCUACGACAGUAAGGAAUACUACAUGCGGCUGGCGUCGGGCAAUGCGGCCAUCGUCCAGGACACCAUGGUAGAGACUUCCGAAGGGGAGGCCGCUCAGCAGGAGCCGGAGCAUGGCGAGGACACCAUCGCCAAAGUCAAGGGUCUGGUUAAGCCUCCUCUGAAGCGUUCCCGAUCCGCCCCUGAUGGAGGAGACGAGGAGAACCAGGAGCAGCUCCAGGACCAGAUUGCCGAGGCCAGCGCCAUCGAAGAGGAGGAGAAGACAGACAACGCCACCUUACUGCGCCUGCUGGAGGAAGGCGAAAAGAUCCAACACAUGUACCGCUGUGCUCGAGUUCAGGGCCUGGAUACCAGCGAGGGGUUACUGCUUUUCGGAAAGGAGCACUUUUAUGUCAUUGAUGGCUUUACCAUGACAGCAACGAGGGAGAUAAGAGACAUUGAAACCUUACCUCCAAACAUGCAUGAGCCCAUCAUCCCGAGAGGAGCCAGGCAAGGCCCUAGUCAGCUCAAGAGAACCUGCAGCAUCUUUGCUUAUGAGGACAUUAAGGAAGUGCAUAAAAGGAGGUACCUCCUGCAGCCUAUUGCUGUGGAAGUUUUCUCCGGAGACGGACGGAAUUACCUGCUUGCUUUUCAGAAAGGAAUUAGAAACAAAGUCUAUCAAAGGUUUUUGGCUGUAGUGCCAUCGCUAACAGAUAGUUCCGAGUCUGUGUCUGGACAACGACCAAACACAAGUGUGGAGCAAGGGUCUGGGUUGCUGAGCACCUUGGUUGGAGAGAAGUCUGUAACUCAGAGAUGGGAGAGAGGCGAAAUCAGCAACUUCCAGUACUUGAUGCACUUGAACACCUUGGCCGGCAGGUCAUACAACGACCUCAUGCAGUACCCCGUCUUCCCCUGGAUCCUUGCGGAUUACGACUCAGAGGAGGUGGAUCUUACUAAUCCCAAGACAUUUAGAAACCUGGCUAAGCCAAUGGGAGCACAGACAGAUGAACGGUUAGCCCAGUAUAAGAAACGCUACAAGGACUGGGAAGAUCCUAACGGAGAAACUCCGGCCUACCACUACGGGACCCACUACUCCUCCGCAAUGAUUGUGGCCUCAUACCUUGUGAGGAUGGAGCCUUUCACCCAGAUAUUCCUGAGGCUACAGGGUGGCCACUUCGACCUGGCGGACCGGAUGUUUCACAGCGUGCGAGAGGCCUGGUAUUCUGCAUCCAAGCACAACAUGGCAGACGUCAAAGAACUUAUACCAGAAUUUUUUUACUUACCAGAAUUCCUGUUCAAUUCCAACAACUUUGAUCUGGGCUGUAAGCAAAAUGGCACGAAGCUGGGAGAUGUCAUCCUUCCACCCUGGGCCAAAGGGGAUCCGCGAGAAUUCAUCAGAGUGCACCGCGAGGCUUUGGAGUGUGACUAUGUGAGUGCCCACCUCCACGAGUGGAUUGACUUGAUCUUUGGCUAUAAACAGCAAGGUCCUGCUGCAGUAGAAGCCGUCAAUGUCUUCCAUCAUCUCUUCUACGAGGGCCAAGUGGAUAUCUAUAAUAUCAACGACCCGCUGAAGGAGACAGCCACCAUCGGGUUCAUUAAUAACUUUGGUCAGAUCCCGAAACAGUUAUUUAAAAAGCCUCAUCCACCCAAGCGAGUGAGGAGUCGGCUCAACGGGGACAAUGCAGGGAUGUCCGUCCCACCCGGCUCUACAAGUGACAAGAUCUUCUUCCAUCAUCUAGACAACCUAAGGCCUUCCCUGACACCUGUAAAAGAACUCAAAGAACCCGUGGGGCAAAUAGUGUGCACAGAUAAAGGCAUCCUUGCCGUAGAGCAAAAUAAGGUUCUCAUCCCACCUUCCUGGAACAAAACCUUCGCCUGGGGCUACGCAGACCUCAGCUGCAGACUGGGGACCUACGAGUCUGACAAGGCGGUGACCGUUUAUGAGUGUUUGUCUGAAUGGGGCCAGAUUCUCUGUGCGAUCUGCCCCAACCCCAAGCUCGUCAUCACGGGCGGCACAAGCACCGUGGUGUGCGUGUGGGAGAUGGGCACCUCCAAAGAAAAGGCCAAGACCCUCACACUCAAGCAGGCUCUGCUUGGUCACACUGAUACUGUGACCUGUGCCACAGCGUCCUUAGCGUAUCACAUCAUUGUCAGUGGGUCCCGGGAUCGAACCUGCAUCAUUUGGGAUUUGAACAAGCUGUCGUUUCUCACCCAGCUCCGAGGCCAUCGAGCUCCAGUUUCUGCUCUUUGUAUCAAUGAACUGACAGGGGACAUCGUGUCCUGCGCUGGCACCUACAUCCACGUGUGGAGCAUCAAUGGGAACCCGAUCGUGAGCGUGAACACCUUCACAGGCAGGAGCCAGCAGAUCGUGUGCUGCUGCGUGUCAGAGAUGAAUGAGUGGGACACCCAGAACGUCAUAGUCACUGGCCACUCAGAUGGCGUGGUUCGGUUUUGGAGGAUGGAAUUCUUACAAGUCCCAGAAACUCCUGCUCCGGAGCCCGUGGAAGUCCUGGAAAUGCAGGAAGACUGUCCAGAAGCACAAAUAGGGCAGGAAGCCCAAGAUGAGGACAGCAGUGACUCAGAAGCCGAGGAGCAGAGCAGCAGCCAGGACCCUAAAGACAUGCCCAGCCAGCCGGGCAGUGCCAGCCACAGGCCCAGGGCGGCCUCCUGCCGAGCCACAGCCGCCUGGUGCCUGGACAGCGGCUCCGACGACUCCCGCCGCUGGUCAGACCAGCUCAGCCUCGAUGAGAAGGACGGCUUUAUAUUCGUCAACUAUUCCGAGGGUCAGACCGGAGCUUUGCUGCAGGGUCCCCUGAACCACCCCCACCCCAAUGCCAUCGAAGCACGGAAUUACAGCAGAUUGAAACCCGGGUACCGCUGGGAGCGGCAGCUGGUCUUCAGGAGCAAGCUGACCAUGCACACGGCAUUUGACCGGAAGGACAACGCCCAUCCGGCCGAGGUCACGGCGCUGGGUAUCUCCAAGGACCACAGCAGGAUACUGGUUGGCGACAGUCGAGGCCGCGUGUUCAGCUGGUCCGUGAGUGACCAGCCAGGCCGUUCCGCCGCGGACCACUGGGUGAAGGACGAAGGCGGGGACAGCUGCUCCGGCUGCUCUGUGCGCUUUUCGCUCACAGAAAGACGGCACCACUGCAGGAACUGUGGGCAGCUCUUCUGCCAGAAGUGCAGUCGAUUUCAAUCUGAAAUCAAACGUUUGAAAAUUUCGUCCCCGGUGCGGGUUUGCCAGAACUGUUAUUAUAACCUACAGCAUGAGAGAGGGUCAGAAGACGGGCAUCGGAAUUGUUGAGGACAGAGCGAGCCGGCCGUGGAGUGCGGCCUGCAGACCCCUGCCCAGGGCCCCUGGCACGGCCCGGAGGGCGCUGAAGGAGAGGCCCCACUACACACCUCCUCACGGCACGUGUUUGACGUGUGGCACCCGGAGGGAACCGAGACAAGAUGGGGGAGAGCUCCGGGCAGGCGGGGCUCUGGAGGCGAACAGCACCGGAGCAGGAGGUGGUCUCUGGGAGUGACCUUUGCCAUACCCAGUUCUCCCUGCUAACAGUAGCCGUCUCCAAGAGAAAAGUCCUCAUCUAUCAGCUGUCCUUCCCUGCAUCUCAUUUUUCUAGCUCCUCAUCAUUAUUUGGAAAAACCAACGGCAAAAAAAAAAAAAGACAAGAAAAGGAAAAAAAAAAGGCUUUUAGAAAAUAGUUGUAAAUCUGACUUCUUUUCAAGUAACUAUGUAUAUUGUAAAUAAGUAUAAAGGCCUUUUUUUUUUUUCUAAAUAAGGACUUAACUGCCUGUAACAUGAGAAUUCAAACUAAACCACUAACUCAAUGAACUACUUAUGGUUUGUCCGACAUCUCUCACUUACCAAUUAUAAAUGCUUUUUUGUUUAAAUCUUUAAAGACAUUAUCUGUGGUAAUUUUUCCCUCUUUCCAAUCCAGCCUGUGUGCCUGGUAUCAUUUCUCUCAAGUUGCCCACAGCAUGUCCACUUGUGCAAGGUUAGCGACCCCAAUCUCAGGCAGCGGUGGGGGAGGGUCAGAGUCCAGCCGAAAGGCCACCUGGCACUAGUUGGGCAUCUUGCACCUGGCUCUGCACCACCCCAGUGUUGUUCUUCAUACCCAGGGCCCCUGUUAAAUUGUCACGGGGGGGCUGCUGUUUGGUCCAAAUGGAGCUUGGCUAGCGUUGCAUAAAUGCAAUCGGGUGACUAACAAAUACGAGGCAGGAACAAGCCCCACUGGGACUAACAGGGAUAUAUUUGCAUGUAACCCCAAAACUAGCUUCUUUUGCAUACAACGUAAUAAUUAUGCCUUUAGUGACACUAAUGUUCUACUAAAAUUUAUUUUCAAAGAAAAAAAGAAUAAAAAGUAAGUGUACAGAAGUAACCUUAAGACCUCGUCGUAAAACUGGAUCAUGUCAGAACUGCUUAAGAUUAACCUUAACACUGAUUGCCAUCUACCUGGAAACAGUGAGGUUUAUACUGUAUCAAUGUCUAUUUUUUUGGUUUUGCUAUGAAUAUAAUUACAGUAUUUUAAUAUUUAGUUAUUUAAUUUGUUCUACCAGUUGGAUGCAGAACACACAGAUCCAGGGGGCGGUUCAAGCUGGUGGGGACUCAGAGAAAAAUGUAGUUGCAAAGGCUUUGGUGGUGAGACUUUUUUUUUUUUAAUGUGUGUGAUGUACAUAAAUAUAAAUGUGUGUAUAUAUAUAUACAAGCAAAUGAGACAAUUAAUCUAGAUUUUAACACUUUCAGAUACUUAGUGAUAAUAUUAUGAACAAUUUUAAAAGCCCUGUGGUUUGAAAAACGUAGGCUCACUCAUGGCCCAAGACAGGAAGGACUGGCCUUCACCACCGCCCCCCCAAGGAGAAUCCCCCCAGGACAGCGGCUUUGGCUGUCUCAGCAUGUCACCCGUAGCCCCCGGGGGCAGGCACACUUUUGCACUAAAAUGCACAGAUAUGCACAGGCAUUUGGUACAACAGCGAUCUUGUACCUAACGGGCUGAAACCAGCUUCAGAGCAGAUGUGUUCUUCCUGAUAACUAGGUCUCCAAGGGAACAUACAAAGGCUGCUUGAGUGCCUUAUGCUUACUAAAUUCAGAUCUUUCUUUACCUAGGUUUGAGCCUACAGUCUAUGAUUACAUAUCAAAAUUGAUGAAGAUGCUUCCAUUUCUAAAAGUUCAAAUCUACCCGUUAAUAAAAGGAUUAUUGGCAUUAAUGCUUUAACUUGAGGAGAAGUUGUGUUCUGUUUUCCUUUCUGUGUCUUCCUCUCCUCCCUCCCCCGCCCCAGUCACCAUCCCACUCCGAUUCUGAUACCUCCUGCUGAGGGUCAGCACUGCGGAGACCACCCCACUCCCACGGAGCGCUGGGCUCCACCCCCGUCCGCCCCCAGGGGAGGGACAGCAGUGUUACUCUACAGGUUUUCAUAGAAGCGUCCUCCUCUUGUUCAUGAUCCCUGUUUAUACCCAAUGGCAAGAGAUGUUCUCUAAAGACUUGAAUAUGCGAAUGUGUGUAUGUAGUUACUCAAAGGUUAUUCCUGUAUGUACUAGGGAUGAACACUUUUGAACUCUCCAACACAACUUCCAUUACAAACAAGUGGAAACCAAAACCCUCAUGAUAGUAUUUCCUCUGGCAGCUGGUGCUGUGGGCAACUGUUUGUUUGUUUGUCAGGUUUCUUUUGUUUUGGCUUCUAAUGCAGAAAUCACCGAGUCAUUCACACAUGCAAGGACACUCACAAACAUAAACUAAUUGUUUCUCAGAAUAUCUUUCUGUGUUCCAUGUAAAUUUGUUUACCAACAUGAAUCCUCACAAUGUACCUCCAUCUGUGUGCGGUCUGUCUCCUUUCUCUGAGAGUACCUCGCAGGGCUCCUGCCUGAUCUCCGUAGCGCGUCCACCCAUCCGUCCAUGCCUUCAUCCACGGAUUCUAACACUCGUGUGUAGUGUGCUAUUGUCAUGUCAUGCUUCCGUAACAGACAAUAGCUGCCCAGAGCAGCCGUCCAUCUGGAUAAUAGCAAAACAUUCUAGAUAAGUUAUUUUGCACUUUCUUAAUGUAUAAAGUUGGUAGAAACUUAUUUUUGCUUUGUAUCAUUUAAAUACAUUUUGUUUUGGUAAAUGAACUGUGUAUAAAAUAUUUAUGCCGUUAAAACUGUUUUUAGAAAGUAUUUUUAAUUUCAGCAAGUUUGGUUACUUGUUGCAUGACAAUUAACACAACUGACUUUUUGUGUCAGUGCAAUGUAUAUUUUUUGUCCUGUUAUUAACUUGUAAGCCCUAGUAAUGGCCGAUUAUUUGUACAGCAACAGAAGUAAACGGAAGAUACUGGCUAAGACUGGAUUGAUUGUGGACUUUUGUACUACACUGCAGAGCCCAAUAUCUGUUUUUGGUGGUUAUGUAAAAGGCCUGAAGAAUUGCUCUCUAGUGUACAAUCUGUGAUAUCUGAAUGUUCAUUGUAUAUCUGUCUCUGAUGCAAAAAGGUAGAGUAACACAAUUAUAAUACAUGAUUAAAUGCAAUAGUCCAGGUACUUAAGUAUUUUUUUUAAUUUCAAAUAAAUACCUACUAUUUACCACCAAAA